CCAUUACUGCUCAAAAGCUUCGCACCGCUGGAACACGCGGCGUUUGUCAAGUUUUGUUCGUAUCCAAAACGACAACUGCCCGUGCAGGUCGUUGAUCCUCCGUCCCUCCCCUCAGUGUUUAUGAUUUGUGAAGCUCCAGCAUCAGUUUUUGAGUCAGUCUUCAAGAAUUCAAGGAUGCAGCCAAGUGGUGGGCACCAGCAGCCCGAAUACGAAUACAGCAAUCAGUACAACCAUCAGGCUGGAGGUGGCGAUCGCCUCCCAGCCCCGAGCAUGCGGCCGACGCUCGAGGCCCCGGUCUACUACCAGCAGUCGCAGCUUCAGCAGCAGUUCACGCCACAGCAAACGUACUACCAGCCUAGCCGUACGCCCGUCGCCAUCUCCCAGUUCCCCUAUGCCGAGUCUCCAAUGGAACACAAGCCCAUCAUGGCCUACCAACAGCCUUCGGACUACCGCAUUCAAACCGCAUCUGAGGUCCGUGCAGGGCCUCCCAUGCCUAUAGAGCGUAUGUGCGAUGUCUGUCAGUAUCCCGACCCUGUUCUCGUAGCUCCGAAUUGUAAUCACCUCUUUCAUUCGCGCUGCGUUCACGUAUGGCCACUGGACGCUUGUCCGGCCUGCGCAGCGCCACUAGAUCAGGUAGCAAUCUCGCCAACCAUCAACAUGAUGAUGCGACCCGAGCCACGCAGUGGAAAGUGGACUCGUCCUGAAGAGAAGUUCAUCGACGGCAUCCUUCGCGAGUUCGACCGACAGGCUUUGCCACUGGCACACGGCACGCCAAUUCGUUUGGUGCUUGCCAAAAUGCUCAACUGUUCGACUAUGAGGUUGUCUAAGAAGUUCCAGAAGAAUGCACUGGGUAAGCGGACGUUUAGGGUGACAAAGCCCGGCAAGGGCGAGAAGGCGCUGCAAUUCGAUCAAAUGGACCACGCGCGGAGACAGCGCGAACUUUCAAGCUUGGAACAAAUCUUCCGACAGGAGCUGGUGGACCAAUUCCGACGUGAAAACAAUACGGAUGAAGGUGCUUUAGUCGAGACACAACAUUUACGUCUCGCAGUUCAGCAGUUCUGGGUGAGCAACUUUUUGAAAUUCGCGGUGCUAAUCGGCCAACCUGUCAUGGGACUGGACGUCUCCGAUGCCAAGAAACGCAAGCGCGCGAUGCAGCUACUGCGUAAUGGACAAUUCGAUGAGCUUCUGUCGUGGAGCCACCAUCCGUCUCCAGCGAACACUGCAAGUAUUACGCCAAUGCCGUCCAUUUUGGGAUCAACGCCAGCCGACAACACUGUCGUCUCGGCGUCGUGGAGCUCCACCACGCCUUUGUAUUCGUCCUCUAUGCUGGGGCAGAACCAGCAGGAGACUGGACCGUCUAUCCCAGCACUUCUACAGCAGCCCGAGCAGCGGCCCGUGAAGAAGAUGCGCACGCCCGAGGCGAACGUGGAAGUAAACCGCUUCGGUCUCCAGCCUCCUCCAAUGGACCAAUCUCAGUACCCACAAUUUGGUCGCCUCUCUCCUCCAGCGUCAUCAACCUCCGCUUUUGAUUACAGCCAGCAGCAGCAGCAGUACUCGUCUGAGCCGUAUUUACGUCCAUCAAGUUUGUCGCCAUAUUCCGACGUCAAGUCGGACAAGUCAGGAAUGGGAUACGCUAAUGUACUGCAACAUCAGCAACAGCAACAGCAAAUGAUCCCAGGCAUUGUCGCCCAUGAGGGCGCUGUCCAUGAGCAAAGGGGUGGAUUUACGCCAGCAGCCUUUCCACGAGCCGGUGAGUCUUAUCAAACCAGUGGCACGAAUCAGGCAGCUCCGUGGGACGAUCUCUUGGAGAACAUGUCUUCCGAGGCAAACGCUGGCACACAGCCCGCACCCACCAGCCAAGCUCAGAGCGGCGAUUCCAACAUGCAGUCCUGGCCCAACAUGCACAUGAUGUGAAGAAGAUUUCCGUCCCUGUCCAAAAGAUGUCCAAGACAUGUUUGUGUUAGUGAACGACGCGAAAGAAAGCGUCGAUAGUUGUGCAAAAGUCUCGUAUUUGUAGCGUGUUGAAACCCACAAUUGCGGUCAUUAAAUAAAAUGGAAAUGCAAUCACCCUACCAC